UUCGUAGGCAUAGCGGUGCGGGGCGAUCUCGGAAUUCGCGAUCGCCAGGGUAGUGAAUAAUGCAACGCAUGAGUGAUUGCACAACUACAACCGUGCCGCAAUUUUUUCCAAAUCGGAUGGUUAGAACUUAUAAGCGAAAAAGAGACCAUUAUUGGUCGGACACCAGUUUGGAGAAUGUUAUGAAUAUAGAAGAAGGUUUGUCUGUUCCGGGUGCUUCAAAACAGUUCGGUGUGCCAGAACCAACUUUGAGACGCUAUCGACGGAAAUAUCCAGACAUGGAGGAUACGUCGUCCAAUAAAGACCGCUUUAAAGCCACAUUCAGGUCCAGCUUCGAAGUAUUGUCUAUUCGUUUGCGGUUAAAUAUGGCAUAGAGCACCGUUUCAAAGGAACAUGCACUGGACGGACAUGGGUUGAAAUGUUUAUGAAGGCUCAUAAGCUAUCUUUG